UGCCCAAAUUCCGUCUCACAAAUCGAUUUACAACUUCAAAGCAGCCCAAAAACCGACCAAAGACGAGGAGUUAAACGCGGUUAUUCUGGCCUGUAUGGAUAAUCACGGCAAAAGUUCUGCGUUCGUACGCGAAGUGGUUAUUGCACCGGAUCUCAUUGUGAUGCUGGCUCUAGACACGCAGCUAGACGACCUAGUGCGGUUCGCACCAGCUGCAGGAAUUUCUGUGGAUACUACAUUUAAUGUGGGCGAAUACUACGUUACCACCGUCGUGACGCGCCACCUGAUGUUGCGCAACCGUACAACUCGGGUCAGUUCUGUCAUAAUUGGUGUCACCUUUAUCCACAAGAGAAAGACGGGAGAAGCGUAUCAGCGGAUGGCCGCUAUGCUUUUAAAUGUCAGGCCCCAGCUUACCAAGGCAAAGUUUCUUGGAACCGACGGCGAUAAAGCUGCAGCACGUAAAGCGGCAAAUGUCGGCGCCGGAUAUUACAACCAGAACGCCGUUGAAAGUGCGAACAAAAGAAUUAAGAAAGGGUUUAACAGCUUGAGGGGCAUUAAUCGUUUUGUGAAAGAUAUGGAAAUCUUUGCGAAAAAAGAUCUUCAAGAGUUCGAAUAUGCCACAAUUAAAUCCGGUUUGUACGAAAUAAUUCCUGCGUACAAGCACUUGGAAGCGGACUUCAAAGAAUUACUCCCAACAUCCGAAUUUCAAAAGCGGGCUUUUAAGAAGGGUAUUCACCGUGAACCAUUCAGCAUCGAGAAGGCUGACAGCCAACCGGAAAACGGAGACGAAGCGCCAGAUCGCUUGACAUGUUUCCCAACGGCCAUCAAGUACUUUUGCAUCAGACCUUGCUUACAAGUUCCAGGUGCAUCCCGAAACCGCUAG